UAAUUUUUUCCUCUUUUAAUUUACUUAAAAAAAUGGCAAUUCUUUCAGACUAUACUGAAGGUGAAAAUCAAUCACAAGCCAAAAAGGUUGUUGAAGAAGAAAUUAAAGAAAAUGAAAAUCAAGAAUCAAUUAACACUUCUUCUUCUUCUUCAUCUUCUUUAGAUGAAAAAAAAGAAGAAAAUAAAAAAUUAAAGCCAAAUCAAUUUAAUGGUCUUGAUAUGGAAAAUUAUACAUGGGGACAAACUCUUCAAGAUGUUACUAUUAAUGUCACAGUGCCACUUGGCACAAAAUCAAGUUUUUUAGCUGUGGAUAUCAAGAACAAUUCCAUCAAAGUUGGACUCAAGAAUCAACCACCAAUUGUUGAAGGUGAACUAUUGGAGGCUGUGAAAGGUGAUGAAUGUUUUUGGAGUUUAGAAGACAAAAAACAAGUAACAAUUCUCAUGACUAAAAGGAAUCAAUCUGAUUGGUGGAAAAGUUUGUUCAAAAAUGGGCCUGAAAUUGACACACAAAAAGCUGAGCCAGAGCCCAGUAGGCUAUCAGAAUUGGACUUAGAAACAAGAUCAGCAGUUGAAAAAAUGAUGUUUGAUCAAAAACAAAAGCAAAAAGGGUUACCAACAAGUGAUGAGAUACAAAAUCAAGAUCAAAUCAAGAAGAUUAUGGAAGAAAAUCCUGAGAUUGCUAAACAUUUUGCUAAUUCACCUGCUAAUGCUAAUGGUAAAGGUGGAAUGUCUAAUAUUAGGAUGAUGUCAAGUGGCGGCGGAAUGAUGCGUUAAGUGAGAACUUGAUGAUGAGUCGAACUAUUUACAGGUCUUGUUUUUACUGUUAUAUCAGAAGUUACUUUAUGUUUUAGUUCUUUCUUGUUGUAUUGUUUUUCGAGUUUGAAGGAUUUGAAUUAUGUUAACAAGCAAUUUUCCUAGUUUUAAUUGUUGAAACAUGAUAUAUAAUCACAAUGUACGUGUUUGCAAGUGAUUUAUUUGUUGAAAAUGAGUGGAACCAUUAAUAUGU